AUGAGUGAGCCAAAGAUAAAAAAGGUCCCCUGGAGCAAAGAAGAGGUUUGUCGCCUGGUGGCUCUGCGCGAGCAGGAUCAUACCAUUAGCUGGGAUCAGUUCGUGAAGGCUCACCCUUUCCCCAACCGAACCUUGCGCUCUUUGGCCCACACCUACAACAAAGCCGUCAACCAGCGCUCCUCCACGAAAACAGAUAUGGACAUGAAGGAAGGUGAGGAGAACACCUCUGCCGGCUCUGCGAAGCGCCCCGCGACUGGAGAAGGAGACGCAGGCACGAGCAGCCCUCGCAAGCUUAGACGUGGCCGUCCUAGAAAAGCGCAAGACAAAGGCAUGAAGAAAGGCAACGGGUCCAGUCUUGACGCCCAAGAGGAGGGCAGUGCGGAGCGCUCGAUCAGCGACGCCCAAAGCGUCACCACUCAGAAGAUUCUCGAUGGUAGUCUCGGCCACGCCAACGGAAUGAGCAUCAAUGCUGCUGAGGCUGCUGGAGCCACCGAGCAGGGAACGAAAGAGAGGGAGAAUGACAACGAGGAGACGGACGAAGAAGGUGGCGAUAUUGGGUUCGACGGGAAGGUGAACUCUAUGAAGCCUAGCAAGCGCCCUAGGACCGAGCGGACCGCCCCUGGUCCGGGAGCAGUUGCGGCAAGUACGGCAACGCCUGCGACUUCCAAAACUCCUGCAGUCCAGUCUGGACCUUCUACCGCACUACCUCAACCAGAACUUAUCAUACAACAGGUUCUAACUGGUGAUCUUCCACAGCCAAUCCCCUCUCAACAGCAAUUAGCUACACAACCCUUUGGAGAGCCCAACCCAGCAAAUACGCUUGUCCAACUUUCCGAGGAUCCUGCAGGCUCGUCACCCCAGGCCAGUCACCAGGCUCCGGAAGUUGAUAGCAUCAUGCAAGAGCCGCCGCAAAUAGCGGAAGGCGCAACUGAACUUUUCUCUACCCCCAAUCAAAACAGGCCCACUUCACCUCUCGCCCUGAACAUCGCUUCUCCUCUCGCAACGGUUCCGGAGUUAAACAAAAAGUUUGUUCUUCCACUUAGUCCACCCCUUUCUUCCAAGAAGACAACGCCCUUUGCGCCGCUUCUGGCACCAGUCAUCAAGAAAACGUUGAAAGACGCAGCUAUUCAGGCGCAUGACGACCAGUACAUGAAGCGCAUUGAAGCACUUGAAAAGGAAACAAGCCAAAUGAAACGCCGCCUCGCAAGUUUAGAGACUUGUUUCCACAGGUCCGCAGACGAUCUCGAAGAUCUUGAGGGACGGCUUUAUGCCUAUGAAAAUCGAAUCGCAGAUCUGCAAGGCCGGCUGAAGGAGACGGAUGCUGUGAUGAGCUGCGUCAAGAAUAUGCGGUUCUGCGACGUUGUGAGCAUGAUGUCGGGGAGCAAGCAGGUCGAAUAUCCCCCCACUGUAACUGUGGCCGCUCACCAUCCGAAUGCUUUUGCAACGCCUACCAGAGACGAAACCAGGGUGCGGGAUCCUAGAGUUGACCGUGCAUCUAGCAUUAAGCCCUCCUUCCUCCCUCGCGUCCACGCCAACCGUGGCCGCUCACCAUCAGAAUCUUUUCGCAACGCCUACCAGGGACAAAACCACGAUGCGGGAUCGUGGAGUUGA